CCCAAAGAUAAAUUCACACACUUGCUCAUGCGAUGCGUCCGUAUGAUCGUUCUUCUCCUUUCUCUUCCUCCUCAGUUCCUUCUUCUUCUUCUUCUUCUGCAUGCUUGAACUCCACGCGGGCCAGAGUCAUCCAUGGCAUCAUCGGAAGCUCGCCCUCAGGGUCUAACACCAGAAGAAUUCGCAGAGCUUGAACCCAUCAUCCAAAAAUACCACAUAUUCGAGCCUUCUCCCAACACAUGCACUUCCAUUAUAACCCAACGAAUCGAGGGUCCUGCCUGCCGAGUCUGGCCUCUGGUUCGGAGCUUCGAGAAUCCUCAGAAGUACAAGCACUUCAUCAAGAGCUGCAACAUGCAGGGCGACGGCGGCGUUGGCAGCAUCCGAGAGGUCACCGUGGUCUCCGGCCUUCCGGCGUCGACGAGCACCGAAAGGCUGGAGAUUUUGGACGACAGCAAGCACAUACUCAGCUUUAGGGUUGUCGGCGGCGAGCAUCGGCUCAGGAAUUACCGGUCCGUCACGUCGGUGAAUGAGUUCGAGAAGGAGGGGAAGGUAUAUACGAUCGUGUUGGAGUCGUAUGUCGUGGACAUACCGGAGGGAAAUACCGGAGAAGAUACAAAGAUGUUUGUGGACACAGUGGUAAAGCUCAACCUGCAGAAACUUGGGAUCGUGGCCAUGGCCACACCGCUUCCUCAAGAUUAGACAGUGCAAUCUGAUCCAUCGGUCAUCGUGCUUGACCUCAUCGGGGGCCCGUAAUGAUUGCAGCUGCAAUUUCCUGUUCAUUUUUCUUUCCCCAGGAUAAUAUAAUUACAUGUUAUAUAUAGAUUAUAGGAGUUCGGUUAGACACUUAGUAUUAAUAUAAUUUGUAAAUUUUAUUAAAUUAGGUGAUUAGUUUGCGGGGACAACUCCAGUUCGUCGUCCUGGGCUUCACGAUUUUUAUAAAAUAACUUAGU